AUGAGUAUUCUGCUUGCUCGUCCUGCCCGUGCCCUCAGUCCUGAGGAGUGGACGGACCCGGCAGCCUACAUCGCCUCUGUUGUCCGCCCUUUGACGGAGGGGCUGGUGGGCCUGGCCAAGAUCCGGCCUCCGGCGUGCUGGCCACGGGCUCCGCCCAUCGACCCUGCCAGCCUUCAACUGUGCUCCCAGCUGCAGGCUGUGGCCCGCCUCCAGCACAAGACCACUGAAGGUGUUGCCCGGAUUUGGAGGGACAGCUACGCCGACUUCUGUUUGGCCAGGGGCCAGAGGCCAGGGCGCAACCCUGUGGUGGCGGGGCACGAGGUGGACCUCCAUGACCUCUUCACGCGAGUGACUGCUGCCGGCGGUUGGAACUCUGUGGAGCAAGACUGCCGCUGGGGCGAGAUAGCAGCUUGUUUAGAGAUUGAUGCAUCCCUGGGAGUCCCGGCUCUCGGCCUGCGCUCGGCCUACGAAAACCUCCUGCUGGCCUACGAGAACGUCACUCUCCGCGGGGACGAGGGCGACGCCUGCCUUCGCGGCCUUGACGAUGGCUCGGAUGCAGAGGACGCGCAUGGCGUAGAGAACGACGGUGGCGGUGAGAUCGAUGCCACAGCAGCAGCAGAGGAGCGCCCACCCCACGAGGUCGAGGCUGCGUUCUGGGGGAUUGUGGAGGGGGGCACCGAGCGAGUGGAGGUCCUGCAUGGCAGCACCGACCCCACGGCCCUGUCCCAGGAGGCAAGCGACCUUAGGACCCUCUGCGACCUUGGCCCAGGCUCAAUCCUGGCAUGCAUGGACGAGGCUGAACGGGCAACGCUGGCUCCAAGGCUGGAGGCCGGCAUGGUCUUCUCCUCCUCCUGCUGGUCUGCCCACCCAGACCUCCUGUACUCCCUCUCGUACCUCAAGUCGGGGGCGCCCAAGAUCUGGUGA